AUGGAAGAGGAGGAGGAAAAGCCCUGGAGAUGCCGCACAAGGAGGGGCUGGAAACGCAGUCCAGGGAGCUGCAAGGAAGAAAGAUCCCCCCAGUGCCAGGAACACAGCCAGAGAUCAAGCCAAAGCUCAGAGCUGGGGGAGAAGCCCCACAAGUGCUUGGAGUGUGGGAAGGGUUUCAGGUGGAGCUCCCACCUGCUCCAGCACCAGGUGACCCACACUGGGGAAAAGCCUUAUGAGUGUGGGGAAUGUGGGAAGAGCUUCAGCCAGACCUACAGCCUGAGGAAACACCAGAGGAUCCACACUGGGGAACGGCCCUAUGAGUGUGGGAAAUGUGGGAAGAGCUUCAGAGAUAUCUCUAACCUGAUGCAACACCAGGUGAUUCACACUGGGGAACGGCCCUACACCUGCUUGGAAUGUGGGAAGAGCUUUGGGUGGAGCUCUGACCUGAGAAAUCACCAGCUCAUCCACACUGGGGAGAGGCCCUACGAGUGUCCCCAGUGUGGGAAGAGGUUUCAGCGCAGCUCCCAUGUCCUCCUACAUGAGCGGAUUCACACAGACGAGAGGCCCUUCCGCUGCCCCGACUGCGGGAAGGGCUUCAAGCACAACUCCAACCUCACUGCCCACCGGCGCAUCCACACUGGGGAGAGGCCCUACGAGUGUCCCCAGUGUGGGAAGAGCUUCUCCAGGGGCUAUCACUUGACCCAACACCAACGGGGGCACCAGUAAGGGAAGCCCUGUGAGUGCC